AACAAAUAAAAGGCGUACCCAUAUUCAAAUACCAUUUAAAAGGACAAAUAUAUUAUACCUUUCGAGAAAAAUCAGCACGUUAAAUAUCUGAUAACAAAACAUAAUUAUGGGGCACUGCAAGAAACUUAUGUUCAAUUGCAAAUCAAGCGUAAGUCUUAAAUUCAAAUUCAAGCGUAAUAAGGUCGAGUUGCAAUCGCAAUUCAACUACAUGUUUAAUCAAAGGACUUACCCUUGAUUUGGGACGUGUGAUUGAGUAUAACAUUUCUCGCAAAAUGCCCUAGUAACAUUAAAAUUGUUCUUUCGUUUUAAAUUGUGUGUUAUUAUUUUUGACAAGCUGUAUUCCUGUCCAAGUCAAAUUUCUUAGUUCUCUCCAAAACUGUGCUCAAAAUUGUUUCCAAGAUUGAUAAAGAAAAUUUUUCUUUUGUAUCAUUAUCAGUCCACAACUUGCAAACCGUAGGUCCUGGAAAGAGUGAAGAAAAAAAUGGCUAUAUCCAAAUCAUAGUAAAAGGACAUGAUGGAAUCUCCCAGAUUGAGUUAGCAAGCAGAGACCAGAAGUCACAAGAGUCAGCAAGUGUGCAGAUCUGUCUGUAGAAGAGAGAAAAAAAGAAAUAGUUUAAAUAAUAAAAUCAAAGUAUGAAUUUAAUUAUCGUGAUGAUUGAUGACGUGCGGUGGCAUGUAAUUCCCGGUCAACAACAAAUGAUAGUAGGUUAAGACACCUGAAAAGUUCCACUCAGAACACUGGUGCUCUACCUCAAGUGAUGUUUAUGUAGGCCCCACUCCACUUCACUACCGCUACACUACCGUACAUGUACGCCACACCUACCCGGGUAGGUGUGUAGCGUAGUGUAGGCUGUAGCAGUAGUGAAGUGGAGACUACACGAACAUCACUUGAGGUACGGUGCUCUCUGAGUCUCUGUGUCAUUACAAAGAUUGCAUUUAUCUUCAUUGUUGAAGGCAUUACGCAUGCAUAUAUGCAGCAACACUCUAAUCAGAAAGAAACACCAGACUCUAAUUUUGGCCCACCCAAGGGUUCAUUACAUGCCGCCGCGCACAGAAAAUUCAAGCCAUAGAAGUCGUGUGUUGUGGACCCAAGAAGUGAGAUCCCAGCACGCGCGACCCACUAGUUAGAAAUCCACCGCCAAACGCGGUUCGUGGUGCGAGGUUAGUAUACUAAUACUAACCUCGCAAUACAUGUGAGUGAUUUUGGCCAGGAAUCAGGGUAAUCACUGCUGAAAAUUUGUCUGGCUUCAUGACAUCGGCAUCAUGGUGAUAUAAUUCUGUGUAUAAUAAAAACUUAAACAUUCCUCUGAAACAGCAGAUUUUCAGCCAUGGUCCAUACCAGUGCUCCUAAAUAAUUUAAUCGCCUGCCUGAGUCCUGACCAGUUUUAGAAAUCUGAAGAAAAAAUCUGCUGGAAUUGUGCAAAAACAUUAUUUCUAAAAUAAAGACUUUUUAAUUUUAAUAGUAUACGCCAAAAUGCAUGAUUCUAAACUUAUAUCAGAUCUGUAUCUGUCAUCUGACCUGAAUGCAUCGUCAGAACAAGUACAGUUUCCAAACAUGCUUACCUUGACUUUUGACUGGAUCAAACAGCGUAACCUGCAACAUGCAUCUGGAGCAAGUGAAUGGGACCGUGCAGCUUGGAGUUUUUCAAUAGUUAGUAGAGCAACACAACGAAGACUGUCGAGUGGACAAAAUCGAUCUUUCCAGUUCACAAUUCAAUAAAAAACGGGCAAAAUAACACAGUUCUGGUUCCCUUAUAGUCUGAAGUUGUCGAAAACAGAAUUCGGAUAUCACAAUACAUGAAGAAAACGGUAAAUUCGAAGAAAAAUAGAGACCAGGAAGGUGAAUCAGCUAUCAGUGUACUGCUGGCUUGCACAGAGCUAGAGAGCGGCUGAGUGAGUUAAUCAUCAUGUGACGUCAUUAUUCUCGACUGUAUUUGAUCGCGUUAUUGUCUGUCUGGGGGCGGCUGGGGGGCUGAGAAGGGUCUCUAAUAAUUUCAUUUCUUGCAUUUCCACGACAUCAAUAAGACUUUUUAGUGACAUAUUUGUGUAUAAAAAGACAAGACCUUUCCAUUCAUAUAUAAUUUGUCUAUAAUCAUCACUUUCGUGAAUUUUCUUUGGAUGUAUACUUUAAGUUAGACAUUACUGUUUAGUUUGAUGAUUGUGUGUACCAAACGAAACGGCCGCAUUUCUUUCCUUUACACUGUCAUUUUUUUUUUUUGAUGCACCGAUUUUGCAAAAUUUGCAUCGGCGCUCCAUGACAUUGAUCGAACACUGAUUCUAAAAUUGAUUCGACUCAGGCUUAGUUACCGCUAAUUCCUUUCAAAUGAUGAUCAAAAGAAUCAUCCUCAAUCCUUUGACUUUCGUUGGUCAUCGUUAAUUGCCAUCUUGAAUGACGUCUUCAUCCUUAUAGACGUCUUUACCAGUCGCCAUAUAUCGCGAUUCGUGCCACUGCGUUGCGCUUGUCUUCAUAUCACUUAUUGUUUUUGUGCAUGGGUUCGGAACUCGUCGCUCGCAUUGAUUGGCCAAUGACAUUUUCCUCUUUCAAUCUCUUACAGGCUCUGAUAAACAAAGGAUUAAGAAAAAACGUAACCAGUGAGGUGUCUGUACGGAGAUUCAGUUCUUACGGAUUGUUGACAACCAAAAAAAAUAUUUUGCUUUCACCAUUGUCAGAGGGCACAGAGAACUAUUCUUGGUUUCAGUACACCAGUCCAUCACACAAAGAUUUCUGCAUCACAAUCAGACAUCUCAAACAGCAGUUCUCCCCUGAGGAAUUGAUAGGUUUCAACAAUACUGGGAAUGUCUGUGUUUGGCCUUCUGAGGAAGUCUUGGCCCAUCACUGCCUGACUCACACAAGCAUAUUCAGAGAGAAAACAGUUUGUGAGCUCGGAGGAGGCAUGACAUGCUUGGCUGGUCUUGCUGUUGCAUGUUCUUCAGAUGCUACAAGGGUCAUUCUUACCGAUGGAAAUGAUUUAUCCUGUAAAAAUAUAGAAGUCAUCGUAGAGAAAAAUAAGGACAGAUUUGUAAAUACUCAAGUUGAUGUCAGAAAUGUGAGAUGGAACGAGGAGUGUAGCUACAUAGACCUCAGAGAUAGUGUAGAUGUCAUCCUCUGUGCAGACUGUUUAUUCUUUGACCAGUAUAGGUCAGAUUUGGUAGACACGAUUCAUUGUCUCCUGUCUUCUGAUGGCAAAGUCAUAAUAUUUGCUCCAUGUAGGAACCGUACACUGGAGAAGUUUUGUCAGCAGGCAAAGUCUAGAUUUGAUCUCGCCAUAGAAGAUAAUUAUGAUCCUACAGUUUGGAGUGUAUUUCAACAGGCCAAAGCCAAAGGAAAGGAGGUCUUUGAUGAGGAUAUCCACUACCCCCUGAAGAUAACACUUACCAAGAGAGGGCACCCUAAGAUCAGCCAUCAUAUCAGUGACAGAGUUCACUUGGAAGUUAACCACAGUACUGAAAUAAAUGGUCACACAGAAGUCAAGCAAUGGGACUGUACUAAAGGUAACUCUGAAAUCAAGCAGUUCAAUGGAGGUGUACAAGGUAACGGGUAGGUUAAUAGUUUUAAGGAACCAACCAUCCAGAGAUCAACAACCAGCAAAAAAGUUACAUGUCAUUUGCAAUAUAAUAAUCUACUGGAGGUCGAAGGUCGCUCAAUGCUGCAGGUCACACUGAGGUCAUUCCUUAGGAUGGUGAUAGACAACUGGACUGCAUGCAAUGGAUACCUUGGAAGUCCGGCAAUACAAUGCUCGAGUCAAGGUCUGAACAGAGAAGAAUGUAACGCAUAGUCAUUAUAUUAAUGAGCUAUAAAAUGUUAUGCAAGAUUUUUACUAGUGUUGUAAUCAAUUUGUGAGAAAUGAUGAUGGCCACCCUAAAGUCAUCCAUCAGUAAAGACAUGAAAUCAUCCUUCACAAGAAAUCAUUUGAAUGGUAGGGGUAUGAGUGCAUUGCUGAAUUUCCAUGACCACACUCCAUACUGCACUACUCCUUGAGGGGAAUAUAUUGGUGGCUACUAUUGUCAUUUCAUUGGAUGCUUCUCAAGUUUUAGGCUCUUUAUUUUGAGGGCUAUCAAAACUACAUGUGGUUUGAACCAUCUUUUGGCCAUGGAAAACAAAUACAUUGGAAAUGCUUUAAUAGUGGCCAACCAUUCAAUUUCAGUACAGGUGUAUUCUUGUUCCUUACCCUUUGCUCGGCUAAUGUCUACAAGUGAAAACUUAGGCUUAAGUACCUCCCACUCAUUAGAUGUAUUGUCUUUCCAAUACCAUCUCUAUACUACAGAGUUGCUGCUGCAAAACUAAUAAGAUUAUUUAAAAUCACUGUGAUGGCUUACACCCUUGACUUAGUAGAAUCUACCUAUCUUUAUUUUGAAAUGUGGUGUUUGUUGUUGUUGAGUUGGUUUUGAGGCAGAAUCCGAGGCAAGCAGCAUAUAUUCUUUCACUUCCAGAACUUGAUGUCGAUCAAGGGUAUUUACACAUUAGUGGGCGUUAAUAAUAUAGGCCCAGCCACAGGUACAACUUCACUGCCCUAUAUUAUUACAAUCAUAGUGAUUUUUAUUUUGAAAACGUUCCAUACUGCUUGAUAUUGGUCAUUACACUCAUGCCCUAGAUAAACCUGCUCAUGACAGGUACUACUCUCUCUUGUAUGUGUAGUGCCCGUAAGAGAAAGAGAUCUGUUGGGAUAGAGAGCUCUCUAAACUUGCAUGCAUCAAUGCAUCAUGUCUUGGAAUAAAUUAAUAAAUCUCUUAAUUGUUACAUAACAUUCUUUUUAAAACCUAUUCUUUAAUAACAAUACUCGCAUUGAUGUUUUGGGUAUAUUUUUACUAUAAAAAAUCCAACUACAUACGAUAAUGUUGAUUGAUCUCUAUUUUUCUUAGCAAAUGUUGCCUCAGUCAAAUGGUUGCUUGUCCUGAAACCCGGCAAUGUUUUGUAGUAAAUUCAGUGAAGCGAAAUGUUAAUGUGAUUAGUCUCUUUAGUCUAAUAAAAAAUUCUGCAAGCAAUUUUGAGCACCAACAGGUAUCAUGAGCAUAUCAACCAUGACACAUUUAAAAAUAGCUAGAACAUGAUACACUGAAGGUUUGUCUCUGUCUCCUCCUUUGGCACGAUCCUGUGAAGAAAAAAAAGAUUCUCUAUCCAAUCUUGGUUUAAUCUGUUUAAAAAUAGAUAACUGAAACCAGCCUUCUCCUUUUAAAGCUCCCUGAGAUGAAUGACUGAUGUAUUGUGAUAAUCCAGCCAUCUAAGAAUGUUAAUUUUUCAACUUUCCAGCUUUUUAACCAGGCAAUCAUUUCUUUCUACAGCAUCAAAUGGAAAGAACCUUCUCUUGCUGCUCUUCGACAGUGAUUUGACCUCUAACAAAGUCACACUAAAAUGUGUUGUUGUUUUUUUUAAGUUCCCUUUUGAUGUACAGUACAGUAAUAUUUUUUUAUUAUUUCAUGUAUUUAAACCUUUUCAUUUGGCUAUAACCUUCUCUUGCUACUCUCCUUCAGUCUCAAUGGGCCCUUGAUGGUCUCAAAUUCAAAGAGUCAAACAGUUUUGCAUUUCUGCACAAAAAUCUGCUGUAUUUUCAGUUUCCAGAGAGAGACUUCUUAGAGAACUAUGUGCUCAAAUUCCUGCUACCACAGUCCUGCUGAGUACAUGAACUGCAAGAGAACUCUCAUCUUACUGAAUGAUGAUAUCUUGAAGUGACUCUUUGUCAUCUUUAGAACAAAUUGAGAGUUUGGUCUUUGUAUUAAAAUAAAAGACUUGAUAUUGGGCCAAUUUCAUGAGAUUAUUUUGUGUACUCUUCAUGAGAUGUACAUCAUAUGUACAUAUAAAGUAUCAUGAUUUUGAUAAUCAAAUGAUGUAAUCUCUUUUGUCAUUCAAUUCUGAACAGCAACCUGUUAUUGGGUCCUAUGCAAACAAGACAAAUGGGAUACAACCCAAUUGUUAUAAUAUUUGAUAAGCAAUCUUUUAUGAUCCUCUCCAGUAGACCUGCUCUGAUACCAUUAGCUGAAAAAGAGUAUCCCAAUGGAUGUUCCAUUGGGAUGCCACACUGCGUAACUUGAGCCUGAUUUGCGACGGGGGGGGGGGAGGUAUCCCAAAUUUUCCAAAAUUUACCUGCUUCACUAUCAUCCACUUUGAUUUUCUUUCUUUGCAUAAUUUAUUAUCACAUAUUUACAUCUCCUCUGGCUCUUCAUAUGCUGCUUCUAUCACCUGCCUUUAUCCAUUCAUUCUCCCAAGAGUUUCCUCUUGUUCCUGUAUCCCCCUUUCCACCAUCUGAGCCAUCUUCUUUAAAAUAAUCAUAUUACUUUCUUUAUUACAUGUAUCAUGAGUAAUCAGCCGGUCUCCAUUUCCUCUGUUUUUACCUCUUUCUCCUCUGCCUUACUCUUCCGCCUUUAUCUCCUCCACGUCCAAUUCUGCAUCACAUGACCUCUUUUAGUAUCAUUUUCCUUCAAAUAGUACUCUUCAAAGCAUCAUGUUGUGUCUUUUAAGUUUAUUAGAGACAAAUGUCCCAUUUCUGAACGUGUAAUUCAUGACAUCUGAUUCAGUAUCCUUCUUUUCCUUAAAAAAAUUCACCCCAAAGCAUUGGUGGCACAUAUCCCAUAAUAGGCCUGUUAUACUUGUCAUCUUGUGAUAUUCAAUUUUGUUUAUCGCCUGUGUCAGCUUCUUGGUAAUCACUAUAGACUAUGCUUGCUGAAAUCGCCUCAAGAAAUGAUUUAACCAUUCCAUGCCAUCCUGAAGCCUGUGAAAUAUUUGAACCUUUUGAUUCUGAUAAGAAUAUAAUGUUAUGUUCUGAUGACUUUUCUUCCUGUAAUGAAGCAAUCCUCUCCUGAUAGUGCUACAGCACCCCUUUCAUUUCUGCCCACGAUUGGUAUUCCGCCUCCUCAUAUCUUUUGCUUAGUGUCCAAAGAUGCGCCAUCUUCUUUUUCUCCCCAAAUGGCAGAGAUGGUGUUGAAAGACCAUCAGAGUGCCAUGGGACAUUUCCUGAGACUGCAUCUCCCACAGACAAUGUUUCAUCACCUGGCAAUGCAGCUAGCUUAGUCAGCAGGUCCUCCAGCUUGUUUUUUUUUCCUUCUCAUUCUUUCUUGUCAACCGUACUUUUUGCUUGCUACUGUCGGCAAAUUUGUUGAUGGCUUCUUUCCUCUGGCAAAUAAUGAGAGUGCCACAGCUAUGUUAUUUUGUGUUCAUUAUAAUCAUUUUCUGAGGGAGAAUCUCUUCCAACUGAGUUUUGGUGAGUUGCUAGUUGCUCUUUUGUAGCCUUGCAGCAAAUAUAAAGACCUUAGGAUGCUUCGUCAUGUUUUCAAUUCCUUUUAGAAGCCAAAAUGAAUUAAACGUCUUCUCUAUUAAGUUCACUGCUGCUGUUCACUGAUUCGCUGAAGGGAUGAGACCUGGCAAUGCAGCUAGCUUAGUCAGCAGGUCCUCCAGCUUGUUUUUUUUCCCUUAUUCUUUCUUCUCAACCGUACUUUUUGCUUGCUACUGUCUGCAAAUUUGUUGAUGGCUACUUUCCUCUGGCGAAUAGAGAGAGUGCCACAGCUAUGUCAUUUUGUGUUAAUUGUUAUCAUUUUCUGAGGGAGCAUCUCUUCUGAGUUUUGGUGAUGAGUUGCUUGUUACUCUUUUGUAGCCUUGCAGCAAAUAUCGUUCAUCUAAGACCUUAGGAUGCUUCAUCAUAUUUUAAAUUCCUUUUAGAAGUCAAAAUUAAUCAAACGUCUUCUCUAUUAAAUUCACUGAUUCGCCGCAGUGAUGAGAUGGAAAUGUGUUCAAAUUCUUCUACUAAAUCUCACUUUAAAGAGGAGGAUAUUUCAAAGUGACUAUAUCCAGUACACACAACAGCAAACAGUGUUCGUACUUUGGGUUUGUGAAACAAAGCAUUUUAUGGAUAAUGGUCUUGGCUAGCCCUAGAUGAUCUAGAAUUCAAAUAGUCAAACAGGUUAUCAAUUUUUUCACAAAACUCAGCUGUGUACAUCUUCCAGAGGGAGACUUCUUAGAAAGUAAUGUGUUCAUAUUCCAGCUACCACAGUUCUGCUAAGUACAUGAAUUGCAAAUGAAACGCUAAUUAUACUGAAAGAGGAUAUUUUAAAGUGACACUUUGUCAUCCUUUGAACAAAUUGAAAGUUUGGUCUUUGUAAGAAAAUCAAUGCCUUGAUAUGUGGCCAUUUUGCCUGUCUUUGCUCCUUCAAAUUCAAUAUCAUAUUUCAUUACAUUGUUUUGUGUACUCUUCAUGAGCUGUAUGUCGUAUAUGUAAAAGUAUCAUGAUUCUGAAAGUUCAAACUUGUUUUAUCUUUUAGUCACAUCCAAUUUCUUGAACAGAGACUUGUUGUUUGGUCCCUGAUCACACUCCAAACAGAAUGUAAACCUACAUGUAUCGUAAUAAUAUUGAUAAACAGCAAACCUGAUCUGAUGCCAUUAGCUGAAAAGAAUUAGCCCAAUGGCUAUUUUCAUCAGGAUGCCACACCACAUAUCCUGACGACAAGAGCUUGAUUAGCUACUUGGGAGUUACCCCAAAUUUUCAAAGAUUUAACUGAUUGUCUGUGAUCCUUUUUUAUUUUCUUGCUUUCUUUGUAUGAUUUAUUAUCAAUCACUAAAAUAAUAUGUGUAUAUCUUUUUUUAAAAUCUCCUCCUGCCUUUAUCCAUUCAUUCUUUUAAGAUUUUCAUUUUCUUUUUCACAGUCCCACUAUCGCUUUCAGAAUUCUGUCUAGCAUUCAAUGUCUUGACAUGAAUCUUAGAUAAGGGAAGGUUCAAGAUACAAGAAAUUUGCAAUAUUUUGUUCAGGUAUUUUUCUUGUCGUCUGCUUUGAAACACCCCGGUACGUGUGUGGCAGCAAAUAGGGGGGAAAAUGCUAGUAUUUUUUAUUGGGAGCUUUGGGUGGGAAUAAAGUGAAUAUAGAAAAGAAAAUAGAAUUUUAAAAGAGUCUGAAGAAAUAAAGAGGGAAAUUGAAGAUUGAUUUUAAGAUGAUGAAUGACAAAGAGAGUAAUGAAAAAAAGGCAAAUGGAAGAAAUUGGAGAUUAAAACAGAGUAGAAUUAAAA